AUGAAACUAAUCCUUCAAAUCCUCCUCGCCCUCCCUCUCCUCUCAGCAACCAUAGCUGGCCACCCCACUGGAGCAGGCGACCAUCCCACCGAACCCCCAGCCAAAGCCAUCCAAGGCCCCAAACAUAGCUGGAAAUUCGACUUAUUCCACAACAAGCACUGCGCCGGCACUACAGUCAGCUACACGGGGCAGGGAUCAUCAAACUGCCACGCGAAUCUCGAGAGCAGCGGUGCGGAGGCAUUCAUCAACGUCAACGUUGACCCAACCUGCAAGGUACUAUUGUUCAAAGACAAGAAAUGUUCGCGAAGGGCGAAGGUCGAGGAAAUCAAGACUGGGACUAGCAAUAAGUGCAAGGCUGUUUCGCGGAAGAAUGCGGUCCACAGUUUCCAGGUAUCUUGUCGGUGA